GAAGUUGGGUGUUUUGGGAGAAAAGGCAGUCGAGAAUCGGCCUCUGUCGGAAUUGUAUGGGACGUCUCUGUGCUUAUCACAAGAUUGUUAAUUUUCUUUCUCCCUACCUGAUAGUGUGACUAAGAAGAAAAAAAAAACAGGUACUGAUUUGGAUCAGACUCAAGGAAGACAGUAGUGAAUCCUAGAAUCAAGUGAAAAGUGAAGGAUAAAGGGAAGGUGUUUGUGUGAACCAAAAAGAUCCCUAAAGUGAGUGAAAAGUCAAAGGAAAACGAUGCACAUCCUUGUCUUCAGUGGAUAGAAAAGUUCUUUGGUUGAGAAAAGUGUCCCUUUGUCCUGGUGAAGUGGAUUUUUUUUUCACAUCAAGUUCAGUGCUAAGGGAAAGUUUUGUGUUUUAGUGCAAAAGAUUUCUACCUUAAAUUGGUUAAAGAGAAUUGCUUUUUUUCCACAGAGAAAGAGCGAGUACUUUACAAAUUGCGUACCUUCAACAUAACCUCACUUUCAAAAAUAACCUCCAAAAAUCAAAUAAGAAAAUUGGUUCAUUUUUUUCCGCGAACUAAUCAUCAGAAUCAGAGUUACGGUUAAACGCUUGUGCUAUUUUAGUUCAUUAUAAUUGCAUAAUUUUUUCAGUGUAAAUAAAAUUUAGAAAUUUAUUUGACAAUAAUCCCGAUAAAUCACCUGAAAAAAGACGCCCAAGUUAUCUAGUGCGAGACAAUUUGUGAGGGUAAAUUUCAUGAGGAAAGGGAAUCCCAGCUGAAGAUCUAUCUGGCCAGUGCACAAAUAAGUGUUGUGUGUUUUUGCUAGUGGAAAAUGUAUAAAUAAAUUUAUCAUUAAUAUUAUUUAUAAUUCGACGAACUCAACGAAGAACGCGCAAUUUUGAGCUACACAAGGUUAUUGCCAUCAUCUAACUCUCGUGCUUCUAUUUUCGAGACAUCCAACAAAGAUGACACCAAGUCAGAGGCACGAAACCGAGACGCGGGAUGAUUGAUUCAGGGAGAACAAUCAACCGUGAGCAUCCCGCUAUGAGAAUAAGCAUCGGGAGGUGUGAGCUGGUGGACAAAGUAGAUACGAGAGCAUCGCGGGGUGAGCCAGAAGUUGUGGCGGGUACUGAGGAGCGGUGUUUGAGGCCAGUGCAGUGAGCAGGAGGAUGAGUGGACUGAUGUAGCGUGGCCCUAUGGUGGGCGAACGCGACAGGGAACGGGAAGCGGUGCGCUGGGAACUGGGCGACGCGACGCCGCCCCCCUUCAGCAAUGGUGGACCGCAGACAAUGGGCUCCCUGUACGGCGGCAGUGGCGGUGCCGGAGGCUUCUGUGAUGACGGAGCAACGAAUUACCCACAUGGGGCGCACCAGGGUGGCCCGGGUGGGGGCUCAGUGGGGGCGGCGGGAAAGGAAGUGCGCUAUGCACCCUUCCCCUCCGUCUCAUCACCCACCCACUCCAAUCCGACCACAACUUGCCAACAGGCGCCACUACAGCGAGCACAUUCCAGGUCUAUGUCCUCCAUACCACCGGAGCCCUUCAUGAUACAGCGAUCCAAGGCGAUGAAUCGGCGUGUCUCGAUCAAUGUUGGUGGCGUAAAACACGAAGUGUUGUGGCGUACCCUCGAACGUCUGCCCCAUACACGCCUUGGACGACUGCGGGAGUGCACAACGCACGAAGCAAUUUCUGAACUGUGUGAUGACUACUCCCUCGUGGACAACGAGUACUUUUUCGAUAGACACCCCAAAAGUUUCAGUUCAAUUUUGAAUUUCUAUCGAACGGGCAAAUUGCACUUGGUGGAUGAGAUGUGUGUAUUGGCAUUCAGUGAUGAUCUCGAGUAUUGGGGCGUCGAUGAGCUGUACCUGGAAUCGUGCUGCCAGCACAAGUACCAUCAACGCAAGGAGCACGUGCAUGAGGAGAUGCGAAAGGAAGCCGAGAGUCUGAGGCAGCGUGAAGAGGAGGAAUUUGGAGAUGGAAAAUGUGCCCAGUACCAAAAGUACUUGUGGGAAUUGCUGGAAAAGCCAAAUACGAGUCUAGCCGCUAGGGUGAUCGCAGUGAUCUCCAUCCUGUUCAUUGUCCUGUCGACAGUAGCAUUGACAUUGAACACGCUACCGUCCCUCCAGGCCGACCACAAUGGCUCGCCACAGGACAAUCCCGAGCUGGCGAUGGUGGAGGCCGUCUGUAUCUCAUGGUUUACACUAGAAUAUGUAUUGAGAUUCAGUGCAUCUCCGGAUAAAUGGAAAUUUUUCAAAGGCGGCCUCAAUGUGAUAGAUCUUCUUGCCAUAAUGCCAUACUUCGUGUCCCUGUUCCUGUUGGAAACCAACAAGAACGCCACGGACCAGUUCCAGGAUGUGCGCCGGGUGGUGCAGGUUUUCCGCAUCAUGCGCAUCCUGCGAAUCCUCAAGCUGGCCCGCCACUCCACGGGCCUGCAGUCGCUCGGCUUCACAUUGCGCAAUUCAUAUAAGGAGCUCGGUCUGCUCAUGUUGUUCCUGGCAAUGGGCGUUCUCAUAUUCUCAUCCUUGGCAUAUUUUGCCGAAAAGGAUGAGCCCCAAACCAAAUUCAUAUCCAUUCCUGAAACAUUCUGGUGGGCCGGGAUCACGAUGACCACAGUGGGGUACGGGGACAUCUAUCCCACCACUCCGCUAGGAAAGGUCAUUGGCACGGUGUGUUGUAUAUGCGGCGUACUGGUAAUUGCUUUGCCCAUUCCCAUCAUCGUUAAUAAUUUCGCCGAAUUCUAUAAGAAUCAGAUGCGUAGAGAAAAAGCUCUUAAGCGUAGGGAAGCAUUGGAUCGGGCCAAGCGCGAGGGCAGCAUCGUCUCCUUCCAUCAUAUCAAUCUAAGGGACGCUUUCGCCAAGAGUAUGGAUCUCAUUGAUGUCAUCGUUGACACAGGACACAACCUUUCGCAAACAGACGGCAACAGUACGGAAGGUGAAUCAGCGUCCGGACGAAAUCCCGCCAUCACAGGAACGGGCUGUUAUCGGAAUUAUGAUCAUGUGGCGUCGCACUUGAGGAGCAAUUCAUCUCAGGGAACUGGAGGUGGACAGACUCUCGAUGUCGUUCCUCAGUACAGUCCAUUGCUUCAGCGUCGUCUCCUCGAAAGGGAUCGUCAGGAGAGGGAAAUGGAUGAUGAACAGGAUGAAAGUCAACCACUAACUCAGAACGAUACUCCGGUUCACAAUCCGAUGCAAAUGAUGGCAACUCGAGCGUACUUACAGCAGAGGACAAUAGAGGAGGUGGCCGAACUUCGGCGUCAAGUGGCUAUGGAGCAGCCGCCAAAUGUGAAGAACAAAGACAGACCAGAGACUGAAGUCCCAACAGAAUUUGAGUGUUGUUUUUGUACGUCCAAGGAUUUUCGUGAUUUCAUCGAUGCUGAGGGCCUUAUGCCACUGCCAACGUCAGAUUUCAACUUCCCCGUGUCGCUGGAGAUGAAAUCCCUCAAUAGUCGCCAGAAUGGGGCUGCCCUGGCACUCCAGGGUGGUCCAGCCUCCUCCUUCAGCACCGUUACGCUUCCCCUAGAGACCCCACUCAAGUCCUAUGGCACUCCCACGGCCACGUCCAUGGGUGCAGCAGCCAAUGGGGAUCUGGCGAGUGUUGACAGCUCAGACACAUACGCCAGCUGUCAGACACAUCCUUUUCACUCUCAGGGAGAUCUUACGGCAGACAUGUUGGAUGCCGUAUGUGAUUUUGAUCUGGAGACCAAUAAUCUCUAUAUCAAUCCACUGGAGGCGAGACCUCAGGUGAAGAAAUCAGCUUCUGGAGAUACAGCACUCAGGAACUUGGGCGCCAGCCCCAUCGAGGAGGACUUUCAGACCCUCCAGGCCUUUGAAGCACCAGAACGGGGCAGUAGAGCUAGUCUCAGUGAGGCUCAGUGCGUGCCAAAGCAUCGGAAAACGCGCUUUCAGCAGCAGAGCAUGAAGUCUCGGACACGAUUUGAGGAUACCAAAGUGUCCCAGGAGAGCCUCAAUGAGGGCGGAAAGAAGAAUCGCAGAGCUUCCUUUAUGCCCGCUAAGAGUCUCGCAUCGGCUACCAAAUUGAUCAAUCAGCAUCUCUUUGGCAUCCAGGCGAGUCCGAAAUCAAAGGGCGAGGCUAAGCUAUCCACUUCGAUUGAUUCCAUCGAUUCAUCACCUCAACAGGAACACCAUCGGCGAUCCAAGUCCAUUCUCAAGAACAAAACGGACGCAGUGAAAGCCAUGGCCGAUCCGGAGAGUGAACGUCUACUGUCGGACAAUAUGUCAGGAUCGGGAGUGUCAGACAAUGGAACUAUCGAAGCGGAUUAUUCUCCCAAUCGGAUAGUAACUGCCCUGUCUUCGGCUGCGAUGCUUCCCAUGUCAGGAAAGCAUCGUCCUCUGCUGCAGCAGCGGUCCGUUCCAACUUGCACUAGUUCGUCAACGCCCCCGCCAAAACCUACCAAGUUCCAGGUGCCGCGAUACCCUGAGGAACUCAUGGUACGCCAGGGAAAGUCUACACUCCAGCGCAGUAUGGGGAUUCCGUCUUAUAUAGACAGCUUCUCCAGCGAUGGGAAGUCAGAUUCUGUGCUCCGCGACAGUAGCUUAGCUGGAAUUUUUUCAGAAUCUGAAACGGCAUUUUCCGCCACAUUUCCGUCGUCAUCGGGAUCGAAAGGUGACAAGGAUGAGGAGUUCAACUCUGGCGACGAGAGUAGAUCGUUGCUACGUGGAAAUUCAACGGAAAAUCGCGAUUCUAGUUCGUAGCAUUUAAAGAAAAUCAAUUUCGCCAAAUAAAGUGUAAGUAAAACGACGAAGAAAUAGACUAAUAAAAUAUAAAAGAGGAAUAAUCGCAACAAAAAUCCCAUUCGAAGUCUCAGACAGAAAAGGAAGGAGGAAAAAAAAAUCGUGGGAAAAUCAUUCUACAACUGUGAGCAUCUCUUAUUUCGAAACAUAAAUGUGAAAUUGAAGAAAGACAAAAACCCUUUUUCGGGAUAAAACUUUAUCUGUUGAAAGCAAUAAAAAAUUUCUAUAUGGAAAAAAAAUAUUUUUAUGUAUACUCAUAAAUCCAAAGAAAAGGAUGACUUCUUUUUUACUUACUCAAUAUUUGCCAUUCGAAAUUAUUUCACGCGACGAAUGUCUCUUUAGUUUUUCAUCACAAAAAUUUGGUCAAUUUCAAGAAAAUUUUGAUGAAAAUAAAUGCUUUUUCUUUUCGUAAUGAGUGAAAAUAGCCUGAAAAUAUAUAUAGAGAAAAGGAUUUACUUAACCAAAAGAACAGACAUUGAAAAUGUUAACGUGAAUGAUGGCUUUUAUCUGUGAUUACAUUAUUAAACAAAAAGAUGAAUUAUAUAGAAAGAGUUAAAAGUAAUUAAACACAGAGAGUAAUAAGAAAAGAGUCUAAUAUCAAUAUAGAAAUUAUAUUAAAAAAAAAAUCACCCUUUCCUAGCGAGGAUGUAAAAUAUUCGAUGUUUUUUAUGUUGUUUAACAUAAUUUUAAAAUCAAGGGGUUCAUUCUCUUAUUUAAUCAAGUAUUUUUUCAGAAUGUGAGGUUAUGUUGAGCCUAAACUAAAAGAGAACUCUUAAUGUUGACUAGGACUGUGCCACUUUAAUUUACAUUUAUUUCUUUUCAACAAAAUUUGCCCUUUAAAAAUAAAUUAUACUUUACUUUUUCAGAAUGUAAGGUUAUGUUAAUCAUAAUCGCAAAACUUUUAAUGUUUUUUAAGCAAAAAUUCUAAAUUGAUCACUUGCAUUCGAAUUUCCAUUGCAAAUUUCGUCUAAGUAAUGGCAAAUUAAGCCAUUUGGCACAUUUUUACCUUAAGAAAUACAUCGAAUUACAAAAUUAAGAAACAUACAAAAUUAUAACCUAAAUGACAAAUUUUUGAGGUUAUACUUUUAUAUCUUAAAUAUAAAGUAUUUAAAGGAAAUGUUUUUGCUUCAAUUUAUGAAAUCUACUUUUGUGGAAAUUUUUUCGCAGAAGCUAAGAGAUUUAUUAUCUAUUUUUCAUACUAUUUGUAUAUCAAAAUAUCGCAUUCAGGGUUAUCUUUUCAUUGAAAAAGUG